AUGCCGAUAACCAAAGACACAAUCGGACCAACUCGACUCGCAUAUAUCGUGACCGAAACAGCCCGAGUGCUCGAUUGUGCCCAAAUCCCCUACAUCCUAUGGGGCUGGCAAGCCCUCAGUUUCUACGGAAUCAACGAGGAUUUCCCCAGAGGCGAUUUCGUGGUCCCUGAUGGGGAAAUCCACUCAACAUUCCUUGCUAUAAUCGAAGCCGGCCACGACAUUUGCUUGGAUAAGCACUGCUCAGAGUUCCAGGAAGACCGUGAUCAUCAUAUGGCCUUUUCCGACAUACCCGGUAGACCCGCGCGAGAUCGAUACCACCCCGUCGGCGAGUUCCAUUUCCACCCCUAUGGAAAACACACCACGAUAACUUUUCACGGACACCACUACGGGUUACUCAUCAAGUAUAAGCCUUCCUCUCUUCUUUGGUGGAUGAAAGAGAAUGAAUUUCUCUUCCUGGGCCACCCUCCUCGUGAUCAUCCUCGGGUUACGCUUUCGGACGAUCCUCUCCUCCCGGCUCACAAGCCAUGGGGACCUACUGGUCCAUGGACGGGCAUGUAUCAGGUCAAGAUCCUCAACGAGGUGACUUUCUGCAAGUCCGUCGAGAAACUGUGCAAGAGGGAUGGAGAGGACCGUCCUAACGCUCCCAUUAAUAAGCUCUGGCGGUUGAUGAUCCAUUCUCUGACGCCGCCUUGUGAAGAUGUGAUGUUGGAGCAUGACGAUGGCUUCACGACAGAUACAGAUGACGAGGAUGACGACGCCUUUUUCGACGACAAGAUCUGCGAACCUCUCUCCGGUGCGGACAUAGAUGGAGAAAAGAUAGUGUGGCGUGAAAUCCGUUGGACUUGA